UACUCACAGCCCCAGAAAAUGGGGUUCAUGCAGGCUUCUAUCACAGCAAGUGUCAUUUUCCCCCAAACUACCACCCCCUUCUUAAUGUUCCCCACUCCACAGCUGCUAGGUAUAUUCAUUUUUUUUUCUCUAUCCCAAAUCUCAGCUGAUAGACAGACUAUUUCUGGCAAUGUAUUUAGAUAUUAGCCAGCCCCUUCCCUGGCUAUUUAUUUCACUAGAAGUUCAGUGCUUGCUCACCCAUAUUAUUCCAUACACUGAAUUUGCGUUUAGAGAUGUUGAGGCACCUGUCUAUAUUGUAGUGUAAUUUCUUCAGGCCAUUGAAACUGGGCACUUGCACUAAAUAGCGUGUCUUAUUAGUACUCAUCUCACCAAAAUAGAAAUGACUGCAGCUUUCUGUACUGCAAAGAAUGUAAACCUGUGUUCUUGUACGAUAAACAUAUAUUCCAAGAUUCCUGUCUUUUAUACACUUUACAUACAAGAUUUGUGAACACAUUCUAAAAAAAUUAAGCUGCUACGUAUCAGAAUACUUCCCCGAGCAAAAGGCAAAUACUUCUUGACUGUAAAACUGUAAAAAAAAAAAAUGGUAACAAAAGGAUGUUUCUUUUUGUGCCUUUGAAUCAUUGUUGAUUUCUGGCAACUUGUCUGGAUGAGUCACCAGAGUUUCCUUGGCAAGAUUUUCAGAAGUUGCCUUCUUCCCAGGGCUGAGAGUGAGUGACUUGUCAAAGGUCACCUAUCUGGCUUUGUUCCUAAGGCUAAAUUAGAACUCAGAGUUCUCCCUGUUUCUAGCGUUGUGCCUUAGUCAACACUCCAAACUGUCUCUCAAAAAAGGAAUUAGAAAUUGUUGGUUGUAUGAGAAGAUGCUAAUGCUUUUAGAGCAGCGUUUCUCAACGUUUGUGUGACGGCGACCCCCGUCACACAAACGUGCCGCGCAUGUGUGGUGCUGCCCCCAUGCGCGGUGCGCAUGCGCGGCGCCGCACCCUGAGGGGGGAAAAUGGCGGAUCGCAUUGUUUGGCGACCCCCGUAAAAUGGUCGAUCGACCCCAAAUGGGGUCGCGACCCAUAGGUUGAGAACAGCUGUUUUAGAGCAUUGAGUGUUCCCCAAUAUAGGAAACUGAAACUGUGAAGAACAGAUGAGUAGUGUAGGAAAACAUCCUCGCCUAGCCUUCAUCUCUCAUUUAAUGUUACAAAGGAUACAUUUGGUGGCUUAACAAUUGCAGCUUUGAGAAAUUACACAUUUCAGCUUUGGCAUAAAUUAUUUUGCCAUUUGUUAAGUGCCUGAUUUGCCCCAUAGGGACAGUAUAUUUGAGUUGUCUUGGAUUCCAUUUUCAAACAAUUCUGCCAAGAUUUCUAGAGGCAUUUCACUUUAAUUCCUGGCUUUUUAAUUCAGUCCUUACAAUGUUGAAUAUAUUUCUUCACCUACUUUUUCCCAUCUUUUCUACUCUCUUUUCCAAUGCCUGCUACCGGAUUGAGUUUUGUUUAUAAAACAAUUACAAACCACAUGGAAGACAAACGAUUUACUAUAAAGGUAUUCUUGUGCUAAUGUUUUUAAAGUUAUUCUGGGAGAAACAAUCCUGGAGGUUUUAUUUAAAUAAUGAUUUAUUUUCACACGAUGGCGUUUCACUCUCCUAAUUUCUGACUUUUAUUACAUAAUUCAAUCAAACUGAUCAAAUUAAAAAGCCAUUACAAACAAUUAGAAAUUAUGAUUCUUUUUAAUAUGGCAGAGGCAUGGCUCUUUUAGUCAAAACUCAGCUGUGGUUAUACCAUUAUGGCUGCAAGGUCUGGCAAAUACUGGAACAAAACUUCCAUUUUGAUACUGAUUCUCCUGAUAAACUUACUUUUUGUAAUAAUUCCAUCUGGAAAUCGUUUUUGUUUUUUCUAUUUAAUUUCCGCCUGCCACAAUUAAGACUUCUUUAGAAUUAUAGUAAUAAAGACACAAAAUCAGUAUAAUUUAAAAAACAUCCUAAAAUCAUAUUCCUGAUCAUCUGGCCUAGGCAUUAUUGAUCAUACUGUAAAUCCUUUUUAAGUUCAUGGACUAAUACUGACAUUGCAUUUUGGAAGUUUUUAAAGCAUCUGAAAGGAUAUUAUGGUCCCAUUAAAACACCUUUUGAUUUCAUUUGGUUUGGAGGCUUUGGCAUGUUGAAUGAUUCCAAAUCUGCAGUAUUUUACUACAAACAGUAGAUAUAAGUUAUUUGAGUAGAGUUGGAGUACCCCAUAUAACCGAACAAUUGUUUUGUUUUUCUUAAAUCUUAAAUAUUUCUUAAUUCCUAAAUCUUCUUAAAUCUUAAUACUGAAUAACAUUUUUUGUGAACAUAAAGAGUUACAAAUGAGGUACAUAAUAAGGUUGGUGGCCAUCAUAGUUCUGCUGCAAGUGCAAAAUAGAGCGAAAGGAAACUUACACCAAGAGUUUUCUUUCCUGUGGUCGCAAUAGGGUCUCGUUAUUUUGUAGGACGGUUAAUAUGAUUUUGGGAAGAGAAACUGUGUUUAAAAGAUGUUAAUGCUAGACUGAAUUGCAUGCAUUAUUAAUAUAUGAAGAUAAUUACAUAUUUUACUGUGCAAGAAAAGAUUGCCAAACAGGACCGCAUAUGCUUUUCUCUCUAACUAACGAAGUGGCUGGUCGGCGACAAAUAAUAUUGGAAAGUGAGCAAAAUUUCACCGUUCAUGUUUUAACCCGAGCGAUUUUCUCUACCUCUCGGAAUGCUGGCCGGGCGGCGAGACAAAGGGCCCCCCCGGAGUCCUUCUUGGGGCCCGACCAGGAGGGCCGUAUUUGAAGGGAGAAGGAAGCGGGCGCGGGAAGCCCCCCGUCCGCUUCUCUCCCCGCCGGGGCGGAGCGGGGAAAUGUCCCCCCGCCCCGGAGACGACGGCCGCCCGGGGCGCGCCGAGGCGAAGCGGCCAUGGCUUUCCUCCGGCUGGCCCAAAUCGCCGCUUGCUGCUGCUGCUGCUUGGCGACGCUGCAGGCGGGAAGCGGCGCCCUGGAGGUUCCUCCGGGACCCGGGGAGGCCUCGGAGGAGUCGGGAACCGCCGCCGCCCGCUUCUUUCAGCCGGCGCAGCUGCACGCCGGGCUGGCGGUGGCUGCUGCCGUCCCGUCCUUCCGCGGGCCCGGGAACGGCGACCGGCGCGCCAACCGGGAGCUGCCCAUCUUGCUGUGGUGGAGCGGCGGCCUCUUCCCGCACUUCCCCGGCCAAACGGCGCGUAUCGACUGCCGGCGGGGCUCCUGCUUGGCCACCAAGGACCGCCGCGUGCGAGCUCACCGCAGGACGCGCUCGCUGCUCUUCUACGGCACGGACUUCCGGGCCUACGAGGCGCCGCUGCCGCGGCUGCCCCACCAGACCUGGGCCCUCUUCCACGAGGAGUCGCCCAUGAACAACUACUUGCUCUCGCACGGCGCCGGCAUCCGCCUCUUCAACCACACCGCCACCUUCCGCCGCGAGUCCGACUUCCCGCUCAGCCUCCAGUGGCUGCCCGACCUGGCCUACCUGCGGCGCCCGCCGCCGCGCGGCCUGCCCGAGAAGGAUCGCCUGCGCCAGCAGGGGCUGGCCCCGCUGCUCUACCUGCAGUCGCACUGCGACGUGCCCGCCGACCGCGACCGCUACGUGCGGGAGCUCAUGAAGCACAUCCAGGUAGACUCUUAUGGUAGAUGCCUGAACAACCGAAAACUUCCCAAUAUGAGAUUGAUGGACACUUCUACAGCCACUACAGAAGACUCUGAAUUCAUGAUUUUUAUUUCUAAAUAUAAAUUUCAUCUGGCUAUGGAGAAUGCCAUAUGUCCUGAUUAUAUGACAGAGAAACUCUGGAGGCCAAUGCAUGUAGGGGCUAUCCCCGUAUAUCGAGGUUCACCAUCUGUACGAGACUGGAUGCCGGAUGACCAUUCCAUUAUUCUUAUUGAUGACUUUGGAAGCCCUAAAAAACUUGCAGAAUACAUUGAUUUCUUGGACAGGAACUCAGAUGAAUAUUUGAAAUAUCUCAAGUACAAGAGUCCAGGUGGCAUUACAAACCAGUUCUUGCUCGAGAACAUGAGGAAGCGUGAAUGGGGAGUAAAUGACAUGUCCCUACCUAAUUAUUUAAAUGGAUUUGAGUGCUUCAUCUGUGACCGAGAAAAUGAAAGACUUAAUGCAGAGAAGGACCACAAAAAAACUCAUGGGAAAUCACAAGCUCCAGAAGUUCACAUAGCGCAGACUACACACAUGGGAUGUUCUUCACCAGCACCCGGCUAUGGCAAUAUUGAAGACAUUCCUGAUGGAGACAGCUGGAAAGAAAUGUGGCUUCAAGAUUACUGGCAGAGUCUUGAUCAAGGAGAAGCUCUCACAGCUAUGAUUCACCAUAAUGAAUCUCAUCAAGGGAAGUUUUGGGAUUAUAUGCACAAAAUCUUCUUGAAAAGAACUCAGCAUUAACUAACCAAUUAGGAUUCUUUCAUGUUAUAUGAACAAUGGGCAGAAAAUGUACUUUUACCAACUUGCCUUACAUGACAACUGAAUGUGUUAAUCAGGCAUAGAUACUAGACACACCAUUCUGGAAAAAGACAAUAACGUUUUUGCUGAAAUAUUUUAAUCGAUUAGAAUUGAAUCAAUUGUUUUUAUAAAAUAUUUUUGUUAAAAAAGUGACUACCGCUGCAAUUCAUUACAUACUAUUUUUAAUUCUGUGAAUAAAAAUUCUUUGUACCUAC